AGAGGGCAGACAGAAAAGGCCAUGCGCUGAUCUGGCGACCGCGAGGUCGGUGCUGACCUCGCGGUCGCUUAACGUAGGGAUCAGCCUGCGUACAAUCAUAAGCUACCUUAACUCCAAAGCUGUCUCACACCCUUCACACAUUCCGCAAUGGUCAGCCCUUCUCUCCUCGCCGCGGCUACCCUGGCAGCCUCUGCCUCUCCACACUUGCAGCCUCGACAGGCCAGCAGCAACAGCACCUUGCCGCCAGGCACGGCAUCCCUCAAUGUGUCUCUCGGCGAUGCGCGCGGUGACACUGACGAAAAGACACUGGACUGCAAUGCGCAACAGUUUCGCUACUAUCUCACCGUGCCAAACGUAUACGUCAAGGCGAACAAUUCAUACCUCUGUCGAGUAGUCCAGAGGGCGUACUUUGACAAUGCUUACGGAAGAUACACCACCAUCAACCAGCCUUAUCACGAACAGCUAUACAACGAGACACAAGCCAUCAAUCGGACCAUGCAAGGUGACAAUGCCACCCAAUUUGUCUUUCCCCUCUACUUCCCAGGGUACAAGUACCACGGGUGGCCUGACCAUGCACCUGGCGAGAUGGGUUUGCGAGAUGGGUUUCGUUGUUCCAGGCGUGUACGAGAUACAAACCACGCUUCUCAAUGACUCUGCCUUUGCGGCGGACAAUGCGCCUGUAUUCAAGUUGGCCAAUUUCACCCCAACCGAGGCCUGCCACCAGCGGCUCAACGCAGACUCGCAGACUGCUGACGGAGCGUCUGCUUCUCUUCUUCGCGCUGCUGGGCCGAUCUCUUUGGUGGCCAGCUUGGGAGCGGUUCUGGCGCUCCUCUGUAGCCUCUAGGACCUGGAGGGAACUAUCAGAGAGCAUCUCCUUUGGAGGAGCACUGGCUCGUUGGCGCUCGAUCACACCCAGUCCGGCCGCCUCCAAAAGCUGCCAUAGUCAAGGAGCCUCAGAUUAUGGCAUGGCAGCUUCAGCUUCACCGAGGCAGACAAGACUGAGCAGCAUGACAUCGCAGGAACACUAGAUUCAUCAGAACGCAGUACGCGUUUCAACAACAUUUCAAGAUUUAAAUCACAUGACUUCACUCGAC